UGAAUGGCAGCCUGUUUAGUCAGCGUGUUGUUGUUAACUACCUGAAGCAUCAGUCUGAGGUGUGGAUGAGCUGGUUUACCGGGAGCUGAUAGAGAUGUUGUGGAGCUCAGCAGGUCGGCCGGGAUGUGUCGGACUCCUGCUCCGCUGCUGGUCCCUCACAGUCGGUCCCAGGACACUCACGACCCCCCGAUGCCCUCUGGAUCCCUCGCGGUUCUUCUCCAUCUCUCCCCCUACGAACUCCCCGACACACGAGGAGGAGAAGCAGCCUCUGAAGCGGUGGGCUCUGGCGGUGAGCCCCUUCAGCACGGUGCGGGCACAGCUGGGCUGCAGUAUCUCCAUCCGUCCGCUGGACCCGCACACCUACCCCGAGGCAGACCGGGUCUUCAUCACCGUUCACGGCACAGACACCGAGCAGGAGGUCGGCCUGGAUCACCUACACGUCCACUAUGACGACCAGAGCAAAGAGCUGCUCAUCUCAGCCGAGAAGGUUAAGAGCAGCGUGUCGAUUGAUCUGAGCGCACCAAUCAAAAGUAAUCUUUUCAUUACUACUCAAGGAAAAGGUAACGUGCAGGUGAAACAUAUGGAGUGUGAUAUCUGCAAAGUGCAGACAGAGACAGGGGACUGUUUGCUGCACUCUGUCAAGGGUCAUCAGGUUGAGGUCCAGUCCCAUGGAGGACAUGUUACAGGUGUGGGCACUAUCCAUGGAAAUGUGGACAUCAGCACAUGUGGAGACAGUGGUGUGAAUGUCAAAAAGCUUCAGGGCACCAAAAUGAAUAUUUCAACAGAACGUGGCCCUCUUAAGGUCAAAGCCAUAUAUGCUGAGUCCAGCUGCGUCUCCUCCUGCUCGGGGAGAGUAGAACUUGGGAAUGUACACGGUAAUGCCACCGUGAAGAACGUGUCUGGAGAUACAGUUAUUGAUGGUUCAAAUAGUUUUCUUAAGGUUUCCUCUCACAGCGGAGGCAUUGAUGUGUAUGUUGGAGACGGUGGCAGUGCCGAACUCCACAGUCAGGAAGGAGAAGUGUGUGUGCGUGUCCCCUCCUCGUUGAAAGCUGCGAUGGAGCUCAGUGGAACGUCGGUGAAUAUCGGCCCAGAGGUUGUUCUGCAUGGAGUAGAAAGCAACACAACUAAAGGCCUAACCACAGUUACUGGCUAUAUAAAUGGAAAGUCCCCAUUUGACCAGUGGGUUAAAGCUCAGGCAGACAGAAACUCCGUCAGACUGAAAACUCAAAGCUGGUUUGAAUCCCUGAAGCUGGGGAGCUGAGUUAUGAGCUUUAAACUUAUGGAGCCAGAUAUCUACUGUGGCUCCUCGAGACUGGAUGUAACUUUACCUCACUGUGGUAUUUUGCUCAGGAUAAGUACUGUACUUUAAAUAAAUACAUUAUAUAUCAUCUAUAGUAUUUAACAGAUAUUCUGUACGUGUUAAAAAAUUCACUGUACAUACAAUACGUUUUGAAAGCUUACUAUUUGACGACACGUGUUGGUUUGUAAUAAACUGUCAAAGGUUUGAAUGUUAAUGAAAAUCGUUUGCUUGCUCAAAUUUUUGGUAUGUUUACUUGUGAUUUUAAAUAUUGCCAGCGAUUGAAUGUCUUCUGUAUUGUAUGUAAAUACCAAAAAAAUAAAGUAAGUCCCAAA